AUGAUGGCAGUCGCCAAGAUCGUCUUGGGCGUUCUGGGCGUCGCGUCGUAUUAUCGCGGCUCGGAAACGCGGGCCCGCAUCGGGACCGCGAUUGCGGUCCUGCUCGUCGCUUCCAUCUACGCCGACGUCGCGAUCCCGCUCGAGUUCGAGCUCGACAAGCGGGGCCGCGUGACGGACGUGCCCGUCCCGCUCGACCUGACGAGCCUCAAGUUCCUCGGCAAGAUGGUCCUGGUCGUGCCACUACUCGCCGCGCUCGCCGCGCACCUCGCCGAGCCGGGCCUCCUCACGAAGGACAAGUCCAAGGACCAGUAG